AUCAUGGACAGCCACUGGACUCAUCUGGAGCACUAUUAGCCACGACGCAACUAUAAAACGAACGGUCCAACGCUGUGGAUGAGCAGAAGUCAAAUAAACAGCUAUCAGCAAACAACAAUUCACUAUUAGUAAACAAAGUGUUGUGAAUAAAUCGUUCCAGAAUGAAAGUUUUUGGCGCGUUGUGCUUGGCGCUUAGCCUGUUCGUGGUGGUGAGCCAUGCUGUGCCCGUGGUGCGUGAAACACUUUUGGGUCUUGAAGAGUCACAGCCAGUGGCUAUUGCCAUUGAGGAGGAAUCGCAACCGCUGAGACGUGUGGCCCGCGGUUACGGUAGUUAUGGCGGUGGUCCCGGAUUUGGCGGCUUUGGAGGCGGUCCAGGAUAUGGUGGUUAUGGUGGAGGUCCUGGAUUUGGUGGUUUUGGCGGCGGUCCAAGAUAUGGUGGUUAUGGCGGCGGCCCAAGAUAUGGUGGUUAUGGCGGAGGCCCAGGAUAUGGUGGUUAUGGCGGUUCUAGUGCAAGUGCUAGUGCUUCUGCCAGUGCAACUUCCGGUGGCUAUUAUGGCUAAGAAAUUUCCAGUAGAAGUGACAUUAAAUAUAGUAUUUAUUCUCUCAGUAAAUUUGUGUAAUUAAUAAAAGAGUAAAUUCAAUUAAA